AUGGAUUUUGAGGUACCUGCAGAUAUAGAUUUGAGUCAAUGUCCUGGUUUAGUGCCAACUCCCAAAAAUUGUCCCGUCUGGAAAAAAGAAAUGAUAGAUAAGAAAAAUAAAGACAGAGUUGAAGAAUAUGUGAGAGAUAUUUUACGUGAUAGAGAAGAACAAAAGAAAUGGAAAGAUGUUCCCGAAUGGAAACGAAAAGUUUUAAAACAAAAAUCAGAUGAGGCCAGAGCCAAAGAGAAAGCCGUAAAGGAAGGAAGAGCCCCUCCACCAGAAAUUUCAGAUAAACCAUGCUCACAAAAAGAAUUACUUCACGCUGGUCAGAGUCACCAUGACGACGACUUCGUUCCUGCUGCCAUGAAUAUCGACCCUGAAGAAUUUGAAAGCAUGCCGCCAUGGAAACAAGAACUUUUAACAAAACGUAAAAAUAUCCCUGUUACAUUCAACAACGAAUUUAACCCAGACGAAGAAGAAGAGCCGCAGCAGCAAAAUUACGAUUUGGACGUCCAAAUGGCAAGCUGAUUUUCGACUCAGGGAACUGUGGGAUUAAUCGACGUUAAAAAAUUUGAACAAGUGUAAAUAAAUGUGCCAGAAAUCGCAGCAGUAAAAAUCGCGAACUUCCAUUCUAGUUUCGUUACUGGUGCUUCAGGUUUCUCAGUAUUUAUCCGUUUCAAAAUGGAGGAUUUUAAUUCGACUGCUGAACUGCUGUUUUCUGAAUAAAUUAAUUUGUGUAUAGCUGCCCUCUACGUUGCUGAUUUUGUUGAGCAAAAUAUUUCUGCACAUGCACAUGCAGAUACGAUACAAAACAUACAUAGAACAGUCCACUUUUUUUAAGGUAGCAGAAGUAGUAAUGAACACAAUAUAGUUCUGACUAGUAUAGUUUCAAUUAUUAUUUAUUCUACCUCAAAAUAAAAUAGACUGCUCUUGUUGAUUUGAAAUGUUUAAAAUUGUGUGGAAAUAUUUUUGUUUGGCCAUACAUAAUGUGGUAUGUAUAGAAUUUGAAUAAAUUUGCAUAUUGUUAUCAAUCGAUAUAAUAUAUGCAUAUAAUUAAUUAUUGAAUUAAUCAUGCAUAACUAUGCUGAAAGGUAAUCAAUGGUUUAUGCCUUUAACUUAAAACCAGUCUUCUAAACCUUUAUUUAUUUAUUGAAUGCUCAUUUGCAUAAUAUAUGUUUUUGAUAUGCAAAAAGCUUCAAUUUGCAUAAUGUGUGCAUAAAUUAUUUAAUGAAUAUUCAUUGCUGAUUAAUUAACUUCUGUCUGUAUGUUAUGUGAAGUAAAUGUUAUUAGAUUGUUUGUUAAGAUUAAUGCAUAUUCAUUGUUUUAUGCAAAUUAGCUUCAAGCUUUAGUUGAAAUUUGCAUAUGCAAAUUAAACAGGGUUAUGUUUAACUUAAAAAAAAACUGUUGAACUGAGUAAAGGGGAAUAACUCUGCUCAUUUUCUCUGACAAAAAUGAAAUGAUUUUUAUACCUAGAAUAUUUUUCAAGAUUUUUUUUACGAAGUUCAGUAUUAGCUUUAUUCUAUUUUGGACAAAAUAUUUUUAAAGUUUUUCCUAGAAUAUUUGUAAAUUUUAAAUUUAUUUUAUGAACCAAAACCCCUUCCACUUUUGGCAAAUGUUGGCCCUGAGUAAAUGUGAAAACGUCAGCAAUGUCAAACCCCAUAACUUGGGCUUUUUUAUCUCUUUUCAUUUGCUGAAAUCUGAUUGGUUGAAAUUAUGAAAAAGAGAUUAUUGACCAAUCAGAAAUCUUGAAAUUAAUUGACUGCACAAUCAGAGAUUUUAAAAGUUUUUUUUAAGAAAUGGGAUUGGCUGCAUUAUUGAUUGAACAGAUUGGCCAAUCAUAGGCUGCAAAAGAAUCGGAAGUUAGGAUAUCUCUUUCAUUAUCUCCUGAGUUUUUUAGAAUUUUAAUUUUUUUUAGCAAUUUUAUUUAAUUUAUACCGCUCUGUACAUAAGCAUGCUUGUAAUAUAGCUCAGUUACCCUUAUUGUUUGUAGAAAAUCUUUGUGUCCUAUUUAUUUAAGUCUUAUUUAAGGGGCACGAUUUGAAUCAGUAGGUUUUAUAGACCCACUCUACUCUCACUCUCAAGCUUUUGGUUUACCGUAUAUUUGCGAGUAUAAUGCGCAGUUUUUUAGCCUUAAAAUGGCUUGCUAAACUGGGGAUGCGCUAUUAUACACAGUGAUAAAGAACGUUUGAAUUUUUCAGUACAUGUGCUUAAUGAAAUGAUGUGGUCUAACCAGUCAUGUCUGAGUAGACCUCAAAAUGUACGACAGUAAUGUAGAUUUUAAGGACAAUUUUGGUUUAGCUGUAAAUUUUCUUAAUCUAAAAGAUGUAUUUAACAUAAUGAUGUGCAAAUCCAGUGAUGUCUGACUAGAACCCAAAAUGUUCUACAGUAAUUUCUCGUAACAGUUCUUGCAAGAUUUUUGGUAUGUUCAUGAUGAAAAUUGGUUAUCGAUUUAAGCAUUAACUAAGGGAGGGGUGAAGGGUGUGCUUACUCGUUCAAAGUGUGCCCACGCUAUCCAGAUUUUAAUUGUAAAUAGUAAAUAAAUGCAAUAAGCUACAAACUUAUUCUUACUGUUUUAAAUCUGGGGCAGAUUUAUCAGAAUGCACGGGCAUUUUGACGUUAUUGACACAGUUCUUAAAAUUACGUGCAAACUUAAAAGGCAAUCCGAAAUUAAUGAAAAAAUUUUGUACUAGAGUGAACCACGAUGGUUAUCAUUCGGUCGCUUGGGCACCAUAGGGUCGAAUCUGGUUUAGAUCUGAAACAGCGUUCCAUGUAAUGUUUCGUGAAAACAGUCGUUCCUGCACAUUUAUUCUCGGCACUAGACACGAAAGUAAGGGCCACGGUUUUCUCGAUUAGUCUCUCAAACGAUUAGUUUGAUAACAUUCACGUUAGACCUUUGGUGCCGUGGGUUCGAACCCUAUUUAAUCGAGAUGCGUGGAACUCGGGGUAAUAUUUUUUGAAUCUUCUGCCUAAAUCUGUCCCGAGAUUUUUAUAUUAUUGUUUUAAUGUUUGUAAUUUGCGUGCAGUAUUAUUGAAAGAAAUUUCUAAAAAUAGUAUGUGUUUCUUAUAAUGGUGGCCAUUUUUUAGGGUCAGCGCCUGGUUUUGAUUCUAGUUAGGGUUUAGAACACUGUUAAGGACUGAUCGUCAAGCAAAAUUUCCCCUAUUGCACACUGAGUUUGACCGCCUAAUGCAACUACAGUGCAAAAGGUAUUUAAUUAGGAUUACGGAAAUCCGUAUUUAAAAUAUGGAGAGAGCGCACGAACGUAUUAGUUUUGACCCGUGUUAGCAUCACCUGCGCAAAUAUUUUCCGGUUUUAGCUUAUGAUUAGUAAACGAUUAAACCUUACCGAAACGUAAACAUAAAUUAAAAUUUAAGUAAAUAUAUAUAUCCAAUUUCUAAAUGUAUUACUCGAUCUUUCUAAUAUGCUUAAAAUGAAAAUGUAACUUGAAAAGGGUUAAGGGUUAUGAAUUAUGUUGGAAAGCUAAACUAUUUUGAAUCCGUGUUCACUGGCGCUUGCUAAUAAUUUGAUAAAAUAAUAUUUUAA